UUAAAAUACAAAAGCCGCACGAUAACGUAACAAUUGCCCACAAUCAAUCGAAGAUGAACAUGGAACAUGUCGAAAUGUGUAUAUGCGUGUGUGUGAGAGCGUCUAACUCUAUGUGACAGUGCGGUUUUUUUUUUGGUCAAAAUUACCGCCGAUUCAUUUUUUUCCAUUGUUUUUGUGAUGCGGUGCGAUUUCACGGCGUUGUUAUGACGUCACACAUACAAACAAUAACUUUGGAAUGCUUCGCACUUCAGUCCAACGGCAAACACACAAUCUCGUCAUUAUGACGAAUUCUCAACGCGAGAUUGCCGCGCUUGACACGUGUUCUGCGUAAAGCGUGUACAUGUCCCGCUCUCACUCUCUCUACUUCAAUUGGACUUGAAACGCAGAAUGGAACCGAAAUCAAUGAAAUUCCGUUGUUCACAACUACGGAACACUACGGCUAGUAAUGUUUUCUUGAUUGCUGUGAUUAUUUCACACGCGUGCAAUUUAAAUCAACACACACCAGCCGCCAUCGUUCAAAAGGAAAUUACGACGACGAAAACAACAAUUUUCUCUCUCGCUCUCCCUCGCUCUCUCUCGCUCUCUCCCACUGUGUUCUAUGGCAAAUCAGCCUUAUAACGCCUCAAAAAUAUUUGAAACAGAAAAACGCUCCAUUUUAACACUUUCCAUAAAAUGCUCAGCGAUGAUAAUAAAAGCGGUUAUUGAUGCAAAUGAAGUGGUGCUCACAUUCAUUUCAACCAGCUCAUUGUUAUUGUUUCGCUCAUGAGAAACUCUUGCAUAUGUGAUUCAUUUUCCCAAUUGGGGUGAAGCUCAGAAUACAAAAGUUCAUUCCGUGCAACCUGAGCAAAUCCACAAAUACGGAACGGAGAGAUAGAAGCAAAAAACCAAACGAGAAACAAGUGAACGGAUUUAAUGGGCUUUAAAUAUAUUCGAAACAAUGUCACUAAACGUGACCGAAUAAAAUUUACGCUGAACAACAACCAAUGUGCUGGCAAUCAUGAUAAGACAAUUAAAAUUAACACAUUUUCGUUCGGAAUGCAACGUGUUGUACAUGGAAUGUGCGCGUAUAACGUGCAUUUUCAUAUGAUUUCAAAUAAAAACAACGAAAAUCGAUUUGAACGUGAUGGCGAGCUGAGCGAUAUGCAUUCGAUGUCAUAAAUUAUUUAAUGUAAAACGUAGUUCGAAAACGUUGAGCUAUUUUAUGCUUUCAGCUGAACAAAAUAGAAAUAAAUCGGAAACAUUGUUUGGUUUCCAUUGUUCAACACUUUUUGUAAUUCGACGACCAUCGACGGAAUGAUGAAGCAUAAUUGAUUGGGAAAAAAACGCAGUUGAAUGACAUGUGCAAGAAAAUCUCUUAACACGAGGAUAUGUAUCUCAGAACAGAGUUUUUUUUUUCUUGAAAAAGAAACAAAAAUAAAAACCUCUUGAACAAAGCAAAGUGAAGAAAUUUAACCGAUUUUGAAAAGAACCAUCGCAAUGAAGUCAACAAGACCGUUGAAAGAUGUUCUCUUUCAAGAACAAACUGUCAUAUGAAGUGUCGUUCUUAUCUUGUUUGUCAGUUAGAAAGAGGAUGGUGGCCGUGUGUAUGUGAGUGAGCGGGCGCGCGGUCUCGCUGCUGUCUAACAAAAGAACAAUGCAUUUAAAACAGAAGCUCAUCUCGCCCGGUAUCUAUUUAUACAAGAAAUUGUUAGCUUAAACAUUUACUCAGCUCAAAUAUUGAUUCGGAAGAUCGUCCAAUGGAGGAGGCGCAGUACUUUCACUGGAAUGCUUUUUAUUCUAAAAUAAAAGUGCGCAUUCUAUCCCGAAUAGCCGACGAAGAGUGAGAGAGAAACCGAACGAAAAUAGACUAAAGACACAAAAUGCAAACACUUAUCUCAUAUUAUCGUUUAUCAGCUGAAUUGUGUGCUUGUUUAUCGAAUGACUGGCGGUCGCUUGCAUUUAACACGUCGCGAGUGCUGCUGGCACAUACACACACAAACACGUAGUCACUAAUAAAGUGACUAAUUUCAGCAUCCGAUGCAAUUGUUUGCUGAAUGCAAUGAGCAUUGCUGCGACGUGCUUCCGAAGAAUCGAUAUUGAACAUAGAAAUGGUACAGUGCGCGCUUGUUGCAGCAAAAUCACACACUAGGUUCAUUAAUUGAAUAGGGAACGUAUAGAAUGUGUGUACCUACGGCACACGGAAAGAAUGUGAAUGUAUGUAAUGGAAAUCGAACCGCGGUGAAAUCGAUUGCAAGCCAUGAUUUUUGUGCAGGGUUCACCUCUUUCUCGGUGUGUGCAUGUCAUUUGAAAAUUGUAACAAUUGAUUAGAGAAAUCCGGAUUCUGCAACACGGUGCAAACGAACGCAUGUGCACGGCAUUAAAACAAACAUUUAAAUUGGUGGCAUGCUUCAAACACCCGCUCUGCCAAUCUAAUGCAAUCGAGUGAACGUUGUGUUAGUGUGUUGUUCAAUUGAAAAUAAUUUUGUGCUUGCUUCGUUUGGAAUCGUGUGUUUUUGUUUUUUUUAGAGAGAGAGAGAGAGAUUUUAAUCGCAUGAUUUUACCGUUCUUUAUUCAUUCGUACUUUCGGGUUCAAAAUAAUCAUAUGGAGCUCGAUUUUAUUCAAUUUAAAUUCGAGCGACCGCGGUGUUUACAUGCCGUUCUGUUUUUCUCGAAUAAAUGGGCAUUUACCGUCACAGGAUCUAUGUAAACAAUUGGCUUCGUGGAAGCUAUGAAGCGAUUUUAGCUUUGUUGCAUCCGUGGCAACGGCGCAAAAAGGCAGCAACAACAGCAGCAUAUCGGCUGAAUAAGUGAUUCAGCGAAUCAAAUCGGGGAGGGACAAAACCGCAUGUUGAUUUGAGUGAUUAAAAUGAUCGCAGGCAUUCUCAUAAUCGGUUGGUAAAUAAACUCAUAAAUUGAUCGAGACCAUCGUGCGUAGCAAAUGCAAUGGGAAAAAAACUGCAAUACGCAAUAAGUUCAGUGUACAUUCUCAUUGUCAUUAUCAAACUUGUUAUGAGUUAUUGAAGUAUCAUCAUCGUCAUCGUCAUCAUCAUCGUCAUCGCCACAAACCGCACAGGGGAAAAAAAGGGAAAGAAUUGCGGCCGGGCGCGAGAAAAACAGAAUUAAACGCCAACAUCGCAUAAAAUUAAAUCUGUUUCACGCUGAUCAAGAGCAAUCAACGCAUAUUCAAUCCCAUCAUUUGGCUGUGGUGCCAUACAAAUGCGACUCUGACACUUUCAUAAAACAAAACAAAACAAAAAAUUACACGAAAUAAACUGCGAGACAAACUAACAAGCGUAAUUUGUAUGCUGAGAACGAGGAAGGGAACGGGAGAGUGAGAGAGAUAGAGAGGGAGAGAGAGAGAGAGAGAGAGAGAGAGAAGAAAAAAGAAUUCAUGCGACGCAGGAGCAGCAGUGCAAAUUGCGAAUUCAUUUUUCUCUCACUUGUGCGCACUUGAAAAUUUCACGUGGUGUCAAAAAGUCACUUCCAUUUUUCGAUUGCCAUUUUUUCAACCUUGAACUUGAUUUACAAACCAAUUUAACCAAAUCAACUGCCGUCAUAUUCGCCUAACAGAGACACAUAGGAACAGAGAAUGCGAUGGAGGCAAAAGGCAUCAAAUUAUUAGCGCAAAAUAUCACAUAACCGAUUAUAAACUAGCAUUAACAUUCAUAUCCGCAGCGCAUCUGCGCAAAAUGCGCACGCAGAAACAACAAAUGCUUUCGUACAUAGUAUCCGUUAUUUUAUUUUUAGUUUCGCAUAACAACGAAAUAGUGAGUCAACAUUUAAACAAUUCUGUGGUAUACCAACCAAUCCGUGAAAAAUACACUCUCUACGGUUUUUACAAACAAUUUUAAAAUCGCCUGAUUAACACACACUGCAACAGUACCAAUCAUCAAUGGGCCAAAGCAAAUUCCAUUGUAAUUAAUAAAGCCAUAUUUUUUCUUCUUUAUGACAUUUUUUCCCGCUUUUUUCCUCUUCAAUUUUUACGAUCGCAAUUAAACAAAACGCAUAAAUUUCAUUCAUAAAUUGUGAAUGAAUCAGACAUGAAUGAUAAUGGAUUUUUCCGACAAGCUCGACACUCGCCGCGACAUAAAUUUCACUCUAUGAUCUUUGCCACUUUCACUAGUGCAGCCGACAAUAGCAUUUGUCGAAAUCGUAUGACGCGCAUUCAACUCAAUUAUCUAAUAAAACACUCGCAACACUUGGUUCAUAGUAUGAACUUCAUACCAGGCCCCACACACACACACACACGCAUGUAAUAAAUAACAACAAAAAAUUUAAUUACUCAACCAGAAAAAUCUAAGCGAUUUUCCAUCCGAAAACAACACAAACCCAGUCACUAGAUCGCUUCUAGAGCAUGUACUGGUUAUGAGAAUGAAAAGAUGCAGAAGCAUCUUGUUACGCAAGUCUCGUGAUGCAUAUUUGCUCACUCAUUCACUUAAUCAACACAUACACAUAGAGAGUGAGAGACGCUCCCAAGACUUUAUUGUGUCAUGGUAAUCAUUUUAAUUGACCGAAAAUUUCUUAAUUAAUACACUCGCGCUCAAUAAAUGAUUUUAAUUCAGUAUAUCUGGAUCGACCGAUGAACUAAGCACAAUUUGUCUAUCGUUACAAUCUUCGUCGACGAUAUGCGUCGGUGAACUUUGCACAGUUAUUCUGCAGUUUAAAUUCAAAAUGUGCAUUUUUCUGGGUGUAAAGUGUGAAAUUGUUGUAUUUAAAAUUUAAAGAAAAAGGCAAAAGGAACAACUACAAUGCCUUAUUUAAAAUUUAUAAUAUUUUACUGUGGUAAGUAAUCGAAAUGAAAUCAUCUUUGUAGAAUACGGUUGUUCAAUUCCAACAAUCACAAAUCAUUAUUCACGUUCGAUGUUCGGAAACGAAUUGUUAUCAUCGCUCAAUGCAGUACAUUCCUUCCGGUUGCAAGAAAUCACAAUCCGUUUUUGUUCCGUUUCAACAAUUGCAUCCGUUCGAUACGAUCGAUCUGUCCAAUUAAAUCCAAACCAAAUUGCUGAUAUGAUAAAACCAAAAGAAACCAAUGAAAUUAUUGCUAAUUUUAGACUUAACUAUCUUCGAUGUUACAAUCGAGUAUCAAAGUCAAAGUGUUGCCCUUUUGCCGAAUCGAAAAAUCGUCGCAAAUCGUCGAUUCUAUAGUUCGAAUCAAUUGCCAAUGCCAAAACAUGACUUUGUCUUUUUUCGAAUGUAUAACGAAUCGUUGUGUUUUGUCACAGUCGCGUUGUAAUGAAAACCGAGCAAGAAUGAAAGAAAUAGCGCAAUCAACGGAAUAUUACAAUGUAAUCAGCAUUUGAAUGGCAAGCCCUAAGUGCAGCAUUGCUCUCGUUGCAUUAGACAUGGUGCAGCCGCGGAAUGUGUGCAUGUACAGCCGAAGCCAGAGUUGGAAUUGAGGAACAACAUUAAAUAAGAAUGAAAAAGAAAAGAAGAAAAACACUGUAAUAUAGUGAGCCACACACAGCAGCGGGGUGUCGUGUGAGUGAGUUGCGAUAAUUAAAAAUAUCAUGUUAAUAAUGCCAAAGGUCGAAUCUUCCACAUUUGUCUUUCCUUUCCUAUGCACAAUCGGCAACAUAUCAUUUGUACACUCCGUUCGAAGUGAUGACUAAAGAGAAAGAGAAUCGAGUUGUCACUUCUCUAAUCCCUUUCGACGACGACAUAAAAUAGAAAGCAUUAUCAUCUUGCACCGUCGCCGUUGUCGUCGCCACUGCUGCUGACAUCGGUGAUCCACAUUCUUGGUCUAUCGUAAAAACAGCAGUGGCAUAGCACAAGCCAAAUACCGCAAUUUGGUUUCUUUUGUAUUGUAAGGCGACCAACAACAACGACAAAAAAAAACCAGCCAAAACCGAGCGGUGAGAGGCGUCGAAACAACCGUUGGGCAUCUCAACAUGCAUUUAGUUCGCAAUUUGUCGAGAACAGACGUCAAUCGACCAAUCUCAAUGCAAUCAAUAGACAAAUCGGUUAUGAAUCAUGAUAAAUUAUGAUGUAUUUGAAGUAAACAACAAAGAAAUGCAUUGAGUUGCAUUUUUUGUUGCUGAAAAUCAGAAUUCUUUCAUUUCCUCUUUUUCUCGGAGUUUUUUUUUCUCGUAAAUUUUUUUUAGUUAUUUUUCUCGUUAGACGAACUGAGUUCAAAAAAAUCAAUUGCCACAAAAACAAUUUGUAUUUCAAUUUGUCGGUCGGUCAGUCGGUUCUUUUUUCAGCUGACAAACCAAAGAAAUAUUUAUUCCCCAGUGCAUUCAAGAUCAACGGCUGAAGUCAUUUAUCUUUUUCUCGUGUUCGAAAUAGUUUGGAUUUUGCGUCUUUUGCUACAACACCAUCACAUCAUUUUGUUGUACAUGCUCUUUCAUUGCAACGACAUUACGAUGGAAAUUCCUUGCUUAUUUUUUUCAAUUCAUACAUUCGCUCAAGCGAUCAUUAAUCAACGGUCGGCAACAAACCGAUGGGAAAUGUGCAAUGUGUACUUUGUUACCUAGUUCUCUCUACUCUUUUUUUCGCCUGAAAAUUGGAACGUUAUCGGCGGUAUUCAAUUUACCUCUACGCACAUUGGCACAUUGUUUUUACUCGGCAGCUACCUUUGAUCUAUCGAUCGAUUUCACUUCGGUGUUUGGGCCCAUUAGGUUUACUCGGUUGCCGAUUUUGACCGUGAUCAUGCAUUCGGUUCGGUUGUUCGGUGCAGCUUCAAUAAACCAAACGAUUUUAUUGGCAUUUAUGUUUAAAUUGGCAAAAACCCUAAAUUCCAUGACCCAAUCCAUUUUGAUAAAUUGGCACGGUAAAAGUGAUGGGCCGCAAACAGCUCACAAACCAAUUAUAUAUACAUUGAACAUUGGUCAAACUGUGUGCGCUUGAUUCGGUUGUCCAGAAAUGCGGUUUUCGUUUCGGUCAUUCGUUCAUUCGUUCAUUUGAAGAGCAUACACGGUACUAUAUCGCGCAUUGGUCAAAGUGAUGCACUCUCGUUGGGCACUUGUUAAUUGAAAUCGCUCUGGUGAAAAACAUAACGGCCGUACUUGACAUGCAGGCAAAUGCACGCAGGCAAAAAACAAAAAAAUUGUUCUAUAUUUUAUGCGGUUAGGCAUAAUGUGCGACCACCGUAGUGUUGCUUCAGUAUUAAUUUCGAUUGAAACUUUCCUUCCACUGUCGCGCGAUACACAAGUGCCGGUCCACCGAUGCUCUGCAAGGCGAACGAAUAUAUACCAUUGAAGUGGGUAUAUAUGCUCAAUUUCGUACAGAAGUUGUUGUAGCGAAUUAUAAGGCAACGUAGAUGAAAUUUGAACGUAGAUGAAAAACUCACUUUUCACUUUAGAGCGAUGAGAUUAGUAAUGAAUAUUAAAUAUUUAUCGAAAUGAGCGUAGGAAAUGUUUUUUUUUUCUUCAUCAAAAUUCAUAUCAAUAAAUAAGAGAUGGGGAAAAAAGUUUCAAGUGAAAAAGUAAGAAAAAAAAAACGAAAUUUUAUUCAUUAGUUUCGAAGCAAAAUAUUCGUUGAACAAUAAAAGUUCAAAAUGCUACGCUGAGACGUGCAUAAGUCCUUACUCUUUCUACCACACUCACAAACUCUCGCACCCACACUUCGCACACUCUCCGAACAUUUGAAUAUUCUCUGUCAUUAACAUGCUCACGUCACUUUGUUAUAAGCAACAGAAAGCAAAUUAUGUUUAGUAAAAAAAUCAUUCAAACUAAUUCCCUGAACAACAACAAAAUGAAUCACUAAAAAUUCACUAAAUUUAUUUCAUUUUCUAUAUUUUAUGCGAUUCAAUUUAUAGCCUGUUAUCUCUCUAGUGCAGGCAUAAUAUUUGCAUUUUGUUUGUCAUGUUUAUAUUUAUACUUGCGCGCAUUGAAACACGCGAGACACGUUCGACCAUAAACGUAACAUCGCAAUGCACAUUCACACGCAUGCAAGCAGGCACUUUCAAUCUGUGUACGCUGUGUCUAUGUUUUUCAUGUGAACGUGUGCUUGGGAGAUAGACACUGCAUCAAAUGAUAUCAAAAGCGAUUUGCACACAAUUCACACACACACACACACACGCGUUAGUUGCAAAGAGAUAAAUUUUCAGUUAUCGUAAUUGUUAUCGUGUCGACUUUUACUCACUUUUCUUGGGCGAUAAAUCGUUGUGUCGCAUGAAAUGUCUCAUUUUAAGCGAAUGAACAUAAAAAAAAUUUCGGAGCAGCGGAAAAAAAAAAGAGACUAGCAUCGACACGGCAUAGGAAGAAUAAAAAAAAGACAUGGCAUUGAUGCAAAGGCAGAAAAAGAAGGGAAACAAAAACAUGAGAAACAAGUGAAUAGUGUAUAAAAUGUGGCAUCGCAACAUAAGAUCUAACAUUGAAACAAGGUCGUCGAUCAAUGGCCACUUCAGAGGUGUCAGGAUGUAAAAUGCAUUUGCAUUUUCGUCUUAACGUUUCGAUCCAUUACACGAAUCGGCUUUUUGUUUUCAAUUAGGUAAGAUAAAUGUCAACAAUUUGUUUAGUUGACGAUAUCGUUAAAUUUAAUAUUCAGUUGCAGAAAACCGACCUGGUGUCUGUGUGUCUGUGUCUGUGCUUUGUUGAUGUUUAUGUGGAGCUUAAAUCAGUUGCUAUGCAUACCUCCGGCUAAACAUAACAUGGAUCAAUCGAUACGAUCAGCAGCUGAAACGAUUUAAUAGACAGAACGAUUGUGAACUCUUGUAAUUUUUAUUGCCAUGUCUAUGCCAUUAAUCUUACUUUUUCGUGGUCAUUCUUUGUUUGUGCGAGUGUCAUGGCACGAUCGAAGCACAGUUUUCGACAUCAGAAUAGUUAUAGUACCAGUGAUUACCAUAAAAAAAAAACUCCAAAUCAAGCAUAUUGAAAAGCAAAAAAAGAAGUGUGGAAUUGACUGGAAGCCAUCGAGCGAGUUCGAACACACACACACACACUCGAAAGCAUGCGAAAUUGAAAAAUGUAACGCGGAAAGUAUUUUCUUUUUCUUCGCCGCCAAAGUAGUAAAACCGCUUACAGCCCAGCUAAUGAACAUAAAAUGAGCACAUGCAAUUAAUAACAAUCAAUAAGUGAAUAAAAAUAAAUGCAUAUCAAUUAGUGCGAGAAAAAAAAUUAGAAAUCUCUCUCUCUCUCUCUCCCUCUCUCCCAUCGCUGCCAUCAUCGACAAAUUUAUUGAAAGCAUCACGGCGGCACGCCACGAGCGAUCGGCCAACUGCAUGGACUCUCUUUCAUAACAAAAAUAGAAUAAAAGCCAACGACGAAUAAAAGAUGAUAAAUGCUUUACUAUAGGUACAUGCAUUAAAUAAAUAACUGCAUUUACAAAAUUCAAGAUAAACAUCCCAAGCGCAUGAUUCACAUUGGAAAUUAAUUAUUAUUACAGUGGAAAAAAGACGAAGUUGCACAUACUGUGCCACUGUCCAUGUAUUACGGAAAUGAUUGCGAAAAUUGUGCUUUAGUUUUUCCUCGUAUUUUGUAGAAUAUUUCGCGUUUGCUCGAUGCGCAAGCGACACUUGAGAUCAGAGGAGAGAAGAAAAAAAAACCUGCGGCGCAUUCAUCGUGAUCGACAUCCAACGGUUUUAUUGCAUUUUAAGAUCGGUUUUAGAAUCAAAUGCUUAACGCUCGUCUUUUUUGCUGGGCGCGCGCGAUUUGAACGAGCGUGUGUUCGAAUCGACACGAAAAAUCAAGUCAAUGAAAAACAUUGAACUUGUAACACGAAAUGCAGAUACACGGCAGCUGAAUGCAAAUUUAUCGGCCGAUAUCGAGCGAAAGAGGCAGAUAGAACCAAAUGGUAAUUCUCACUGGCGAUUCAGUUGUUUUUUUUUUAUUUUACCUAUCGAAACCGUUUAAUUGAGUCGAUGAUAACAAAAAAAAUGAUAUAUUUUCGUGAAAUUAGUAUACAUGUCAUUGGAAAAUGGGAGUUACACGACAAGCAUGCUCGUUUAAGAAACCAGAUGCUGCACUUCAACCACACCAGCCCAAUGGCUUGAUCGUGGAAAAUAUGUUCGAACACGAUCACCGCGAUAACAAAACCGAUUUUGAGCUUCAGCUAAAAGCACACACACAAAUAUUAUUAACAAUUAUAUAUACUUGGAUUAUCUGAACGAUGCCAGUUUCCAUCAUAAAUCAUCCAACUCAAUUAAGUCAUUCUCUGGCAAACGAUACAAAACUGAAUCCGAUUUUGUUGUUGUUACUGCUUUUUUUCCAUGGAAAUAAAACUACUUCGAUUCCUUGUAAUGGGAAAAACGUAUUUGUUCUCCUCCGGUUGUUACGAUAUAUCAACAAGCAGCGCAAUUUUUUGGUUUUGAUAAACGAUCUGCCUGCCUUCUUCCGUAUCGCCUUGUGUUAUCCUUUGUUCUCUGUAUUUUUUUCUUUCAAUCUGGUCUUUUCCGCCCAUACGCGCGCGCGCACCCGAUCUCGAUUUUAAUCGAAUGUUUUACGAUACAAUAUUUUUUCUUGCUCUCAGGGUACAUUUUUGUUUAUUCACUCCGUUAAAUGGGCUUGUUUAGUUCAGCUCAGAUAAUAAUGGGCUACGAAUAAAUCUUUUCUCUUCUAUAUUUGGAUUAUUUGUAUUAAAAGCAACAACCAGAGAGUACAUUGAAUGCAGUUCGAGCCAAAUGGCUGCGAGCAUUUAUAGUUUACAGCCACACAAAUACAUACAUAAAAUGCAUUGACGCCACCCGCAUAUCACACUGUCUCAUCUCUAUCGAUUACAAUGAUUCAAUCGUUUAACAUAUUGAUUGGCAUUGAUUAUAAUGUUUCAGUUCAGAGAAAAGUCGAUAAAUAGAAUUUGAUCCCAAUGUGUGUGAGUGUGUGUGGGGCUUAAAAUACCGGCAGCUAAAGAUCUUAGCACAUUCAAUUUAUGGAUAUUGAAAUCAAAGCAUGUCAAAUUCAAUUGAUUUGGAAGAAAUCUAGAGCACACAUGUCCGCGUAGUAAUGACGUUUAUGAUGAAAAGAAUGUUGUGGCAAUUUCCACGAAUGUGUAACAACACGCGACAUUUUAUCAAACAUAAUUUGUUGUUUAGUAGUGGCGCGACGUGAGCACUAUUAUACUUCCGACUUUGAUUAAAAAACAAACAAACAAACAAACAAAAACAAAUCUGAAAACGCGGUUGAUAACCGCCAAAAGAGCAACAGUCAUGAAAUGACGUAAUUGUUUUUUUGCUUUAAGAGCCCGUAAAAACACGUUUUCGAAAAUAUUUUUGGCGCACUUGAUUUGCGAUGCAUAGCAAUGUGCAUUGAGUGAGCGAGCGCACACGCACACGCACACGAUGAAACGUGCAUCCACUAAAUUAUGAUCGAAACACGUGUAUCAGAUAGCGCACCAACCAUCAAACGUUGAAAUAUUUCGCCAUCAGAAUUUAUCGAUCCACUAAGAAAAAAAAGUACGCGCGCGCGCGAACGAACGAAAUAAAACAAAAAAAUUGACAUUUAAUAGAUUUAAAUUGAGCAAUGCAUCGUGAAUUAUUGAAAUUACACAUGAAAUGGCUCUUUGGCUGCUAAAAUGUUUUGGUUGCAAUGGGGCGCAAUGGAGCAAAACAUGGAUGCUAUUAUGUUGGUGCUGUUGAGCGAUGUGGCUUUAGGUGAAUUUCAUCCAUACACUGAUUUAAGAUCACGACACAUUUACGGCGCAUUCAUUGCUUGUUUAUCUCGAAACUAUCUGACAUUUUUUUUUUCUCAAUAUAUUCAAAUCGGCUCGGCGGUGAAUUGAAAAUGUUCAAAGGAAAAACAAAUUGCUUGGCUGCAUUCAAAUCAAAUUGUAUGCAAAUAUUUUGUUUUUUUUUUCAUUCUUCGUUCUGUCUUCUGUUGGAAUUUACAUUCGAAUUAUAUUAUCGAUUUCAUUUAAUCUUAAUAAAUGAUUUCACAUUGAAUUCUAUUGGUAUUUUUCAACACUUUAAGUGUGACAGGCAUUUUCUUUCAGUUUUUUUUCUCUCUCUGACUUCAAGUCGAUUUUUUUCUCGUUUUUUGUCGUUUCAAUAAAUGGUACGACUAAAAUAAACCGAAAAAAGUGCAACACUGCAGAGAGAAUGGCUUAGCUAAUGUGACUUUCUCGGCCAUAACCAUUUCGUGAAAUGUUUAUUUGAAAGUAGAAAUAGACAAAUGCAAUCGUCUUGGCACUUAGUGCUUAUCAUCUUAUGGCAUGAUUUUCUCGCUCUCUCUCUCUUUCUCUCCCAUUUCUAUCUCUCUUAACUCGAGCUACUUACAUAAAUUCAUCCAAGAGACAAAGUGUUGCAUUCAAAAAUGGCUAUGGUUAAGUAGAUUUCCCAUUGCUCUUGGUAUAGUUUAAAGAUUUUAUUACUCUUUCUCACUUGCCUCAUAACUCAGAUGAAACGUGACAGAAGUGACGAAAAACGGAAAAAAAAAAACUAUAACAUGCGCCUAACAGAGAUGCUGCCAUUGCUGCUGCCUCCUGUUGACAUGCCAAAUUAUUUUUAUUUGAUUUGGCACAUUCCUAAUGAACAAUCGAUUCAAGUUGUACGCAAAGUUCAAGGACUCAAGGUUUCAUUAGCCCUCUUCGCCAAAACGAUAAUAAAUUGAAUUACGACAUUAAUCUGGCCAAUGAGCAUUCGCUGAACUGGAGAAAAAUAAGAGAGAGAAAAAAAAGAAAGCCGACGAACUCACAGCACAAUGAUGUGGACAGUUGUCAGGACAAUUGUUGUCUCUCGUAAUGAUGUGAAAUAUUUUUUUAUUAAUAAAUUUAUGAUUUAUAAAAUACAAUGCAGCCUUCUCUCAUACACAUAACAAAUACACAUCGUACAGAAUCUCGAUGGGCCGAGUUCAAUGAACAGCCUUAACGAUGUGCGUUUUCGUUGCUGUUGUUGUCAUCUUGCCAACGCACAAUGCACAAAAGACCGGACACGAAAGAAUGUGUGCGUACGCGCACGCGAACCCAACACACCAAAUAUAUUCCAAAAACGUUUCUAACGUCUAAAUCCAUUUAGACUAACUAAUAAAGACAACUGAUUCAUUUGUGUGUGUGUGUGUUGGCCUGACUGAGUUGACAACCACAGUCGACAGUUCCAUAUAUUUUCGAUUAAUUUUCAUUAUUUUAGAUAAUGCAAUUUAAGAUGAUUUAGAUGGAGAGAGAGAGAGAGAGAGAGAGAGAGAGAAAGAGAAAAUAUGUUUGAUUUAUUUACAAGCCGUAACGAAAGUGAUUCCAAAUCACCGAAGAUUUCCAGUAGGUGGCUCACACCAAUUGACGCUAAUCUUUGAAUUUAUAUGGAAAUUCAGUGGAAAAAAUUUCAUUUUCAAAACUGUUGGUCAAUUUGUCUUGAUCGGUGGUGUUAUCGUGCGCGUGGCUUGUCAAUCACAAAUUCCACGGGAAAAAAUGAAGAAUUUUGGGCUAAGACGUUGGCUGCAUGAGCCAAACUAUGUUUGGUCAAAACCUAAAUUGACUUGAGCAGCAAUAGAUAGAAGAAAAAAAACAAGUUCUUUUUCGGAAUCCCUCUAAACAUCUACAACAUUAGAAGGCAUCAUAAAUAACAGUGGACAAUGCAAAUUUAAUGCAUACACACACACACACACACACACCAGCCGUCCCAAUCGAAUAUCAUUAUGUGCAUUAAGUUCAGAGUUUCGGCCAUACACGAUUAUUCCACUGAAUCACGAUCAUGUCAGUUAAAUAGAUUUUCAGUUGGUUUUUACGUUCAAAAGAUAUAAAACUCCGAACCAUACAUAUCUACUCGAGAGGAGAGACAGAGAAAUAAAAUAUGAAAGACAUACUACCCAUGUGUUCCGUCAUUUUCAAUCAUUGACACACACACACACACACACACAAACUAUACUAUUAUUUUCCAUAUUUUGGUUCUGAGCCCAUUAAGAGAGCAUAAAAGAAAGGUGCUCGAGUGCACCGUUACCAUCCACGAAUAAUGGAUUUAGAUCGUUUACGACGAAAUGACCGACAAACCAAAAUGCAAUCGCCAAUUUACUAUUUGAAUUUGUUCUUGUUGCCGUCGUCGUCGUCGUUGUCGUCGUCGUCGUCGUCGUCGUCGUCGUCGUCGUUCGCGCUGGGAAAGAGUUUGUGAUUUCUUUCUGCUUACAUAUAAUCUUUUGAGUUAUGGAUUCCAUUAAGGCAAAGGAAUGGAUUUGGCCGAUGAAAUGAAGCAAUAGAAAACAUAUAUCCAACAGUGCAACGGAACAAUUUUUAGUAAAGAUCGGUGCAUAAAUGCACAUUGCACAUAACAAUCAACAACGAAUAACACAAUUCGAAAUUAAUAUUAGCUCGUUAUGGCUUCAUUCACUUGUGUGUGUGUGUGUGUGUGUGCCUUUGGAGAAUAUUGCGCGGGAAAAAGCACAAACCUAACGAAUCGCCGCCAAUUGAACGGUGUGAUCGGUUAGAAAUCGGAGAAUCGGGUGAAUUUAUGGCGAGAAUUAUGCCAAUGAUGGAAUUGAAAUUGCAUGUGCAAUGCACUUACCGCACCAUUUGAUAUUGAACGCAUAUUGACCGCGGUGCACAGCCAACUGGAGUCCUAUCAUUUAAGUGAUAAAAUAUGAAUGAUAUAAUGUUAUUCCACUUAAACGAUCCACGAAUAACUGCGCAAUAGAACGCUUCUAUUUGAUAUUUUCCGAAUGUGCUGCAAGACCAAAUGAAUAUAUAUAUAUAUAUGCGAUGAUUACUUCCGUUCGUUGAUAGUAUUUCAUAUUGGAAAUCAUUGCAAUUUUCCCUGCAGCGCGCGUCCACUCUUUUUCUCUUAUUUGCAAUGCCAUUCACCAAAUAAUUAAUAUCAAAUAAACAUUUUUAAUAAGAAAUUAUCUCAAGCUGACAGAUUAAUUUAUUCGCCGAAUAGAUUAAGAAUGUUUGCUAUUUGUUAUCGCUUUUUAUAUGGUGUCGAACUCUUUGGCCAUUUCGAUGUGAAUGAAGCCAUUGAUAAAUGAUUUAUGCUCGUUAUUUUGAUUAUUUGUUUUCGCCGCGCGCAAAUUUGACGAGCAAUAAACAUGGAAAAAAGGGGAAAGCGAGGGAAGAAAGAGAAAGGGAGAGAUAAUUAAAAUGGAAAAAAAAUGGGAUAAAACUGCUUCAAAACGAUAAAAAAAUCACAAUUAUUGCUCGAAAAAAGUUGAAUGCCCCAGGUUCCUUGCAACAGUUAUCGUCGAAUAUACCGAUUCCCCUCAAAACGGAGAAGUAUCAAAUCGAAUAGUAUAAAUUGCGGCGAUUAAACCGAAUGAGUGUGAUAAUAUGCACAUUGUUCAGCCUUCGGGAUGAAAUAAAUUAGCCUGUCUUGCAGCCAAUUGUAAAACUAUAUCUUGGCGCAAGCCAACGAGUAUGAAUAUGUCUUGGAUUGGUUAACAAUACCUAAUCAGCACAUUAAAAUAGACAAUUGCACAUCGGAUGACGAAUGGCAAUAGAGAAUACUCCAGCAGUAGCAGCAACUAAUCGUUUCACAGCACACUGCCCAUUUAUAUUAGAUGUAUUUGCUUCAAUAGGUUUGGACUAACUACACUGAACAUAAAUCCGAAACACAAGAUGAAAGGCGAUGUAGCCAGCAAGCAAACAGAUUCAUUUGAGAUGAAUCGGUUAGAGUCUGUGUAUUUGUUUACUGUCGUACGAUAUCAAAUCAUAAUUUACAUAUGGUACGAUUUCGAUAUGCACGUGUUUUCAAUACAUUGAAGCAAUCGUUGCCUGUGCCAUACAUUCGUCGUCGCCGUAACCGUUUUCAUUGUAGCGCCAUUCCGUUCAUAUAGUUUCAUUCAUUAUAAAGCAGGCACGAGCACACGAAACGUAGAAAAUAUAACCGAUACUGUAUACGAUUGUGUGAAAGUUGUGCGCGCUAGAUCUUUGGAUAUUUACGUAUGAUUCACAGUCUGAUUUUUUUUUCUCUUUUUGGAAAAAAUGACACAGAUAAGUGGGCAUGCGAAACAUGGUGAAAAAAACAUGCGAUAUUUCCAGCAUACCCCGGUGAACAAUUGGCGGCAUUUUUUUUAAUUUCAUUUUUCUGUUUGUUUUGUUUUUGUACAUGCUCUUUCUCCCUCUGUUCACCGUUGAGUCAGGUGACGUGACGUCGCACCAUCGGCAUUUUUUGUUAUGGUAUUAUUUUUAACACCUACAUUUGUGGCGUGUAUGUGUUUGUGUGUUUAAUGCUUAACUCAAGCGUUAAGUUUCUCCGUCAUAUGCUUGUCUACUCUCGUUCUCUCUCACUCCUUCUCGGCCUAAUCGACACACACACACACACACACACACUGGUGCUGGCCAACUGACAGUACAUUCGAUUGUGUUGGUCGAUAUUAUUUGAUUGUGAGCGAUUGAAGUUGUUGCUUCACAAUUGAAAUCAACGCUUCAAUCAAGUUCAUAAUUCAGCGUUUUAUCGCUUCUUAACUUGAUCAAAAUUCAAGUUUUCGUUCAUUUGAUUCAGUCAUUUUAAAUGUCAAAUGUUAUAGUUUUCAAAAGAAAUUAUCUUGAUUCGGUUGAAGUGUUGUUGUGACAAAAGUCAAGUUCAAUAGUUUCCCGUUCGAUAAAAGGCACAUUGGAAAGCGGCGUGUGCUCCUUUGUUUUUUUGCAUAAAUUUUGAAUGUGAAUAGGGGUCAUUCGUUGACGCUGGUCGUCGCGUGUGCUAAUAAUUGGCAGCAUCAUUUUGGCAUACGAUCAAAUCGAUGUAAGAGAAAUUCGUUCGAUACGUUUUCGCUGCUUAGAGCUGAACUUCAUUUGCAAGACAAGAACGAAACACAUUGUUUACAUCGAUUUUGAGCGCAAACGGUUUUUCGCAAUCAUAACAAGCGCACAAAAUUGUGUUGUGGCGGAAGUCAUUUCGUCAAGAGCUCAUAUUUUGUGAUCUAUUGAUCAGCCGCCUGCCAACAACGGAGUGUCUGUGCGUGUAUGUGUUUCGGCAUUUAUCUUAUAUUUAUCAAUGUGUCGUCUGCAUAGAUAAUUUGUGAUAAGUCGACGGCGAGUCGAAACCGUCAUUUCGAUUUGAAUGACAAAAAUAGUGAACGAGACACACGAAAAAUCAAUGCAAUCGACGACAGUAACAAUUCUUCAGCUUCCUGUAACCGUAUUGAAAUUUUGUGUGACUUUCAGUUCCUGAGUUUUAUCUAUGAGUACAUUUGCAGUGCAUACCAACGACUAUAACUGGAUUAUAAAAAUAAUUUAAUUGAAUUAGAAAGAACGGCUUUAAAAUCAACUAGUUUAUGCGGAAAAAAAUUCAAUAAAUAUCAUUCGAUAGAAAAGAGACGAAUCUCGUAUUCGAUUGAACUACGCUUUAAGUUGAAAAUAAACAAAUCAUUGCAAAUAUUUUUGCAUCCAAAGAGACAACAUUAAGUACAACAGCUUCAUAGCUACUGCCUGUGAAAUAGAGAAGAAAGAAACAAAACCAAUCAAAAUGAUAUCUGUUAAAACUGUGAUAGUAAUUGCAGCCUUUAUUUAUACCUCUCGUAAAUAUUACCAGUACUAUAAAUAUGAUAAACGAUCUAGGAUAUCAACCCGAUAUUGGUAUAUUACUUUGUGGUUACUUCUAAUUGAAUUCGGUGUAUUUCCGCAUGUGAAGCGUGGAUUUUACUGUGAUGAUAAAACGAUCCGCAUGCACUAUAAUGGUGAAACGGUUUCAACCACCGCAUUACUGCUAACCAUCAUUCUCAUUUAUCCCAUUUUAUGGGUAUGUGAGGCCUGCUACUUUGUGCCGGUGUCACUAAAAUCAUCACGCUUCAUCGAAUCGGCGCGACAGGCAUGGAGAUGGUUCAAGGAGUUCUUGUUCGGAAUUACAUUACAUUUAUUUGUUAUCGACGGUGUCAAGGUUCUAUUCGGUGAAUUGCGACCACAUUUCUUGGAAACUUGCCAACCGGACGCAUUGCAAACCUGCACUGGAGAAAGUUACGUCAUUGAUUACAAAUGCACCAACGACAUUGACAGCUCCUGGUUCGUUCGUGAUGCAUCGAAAUCAUUCCCAUCGGGCCAUUCGUCAACAUCAUUCUAUGAAGCUGUCUUCUUGAUUUGGUACCUCCAAAUGCGUACACCAAAACUUCGAAGCAAAUUGUUGUUGCCAACGCUUCAAUGCAUUUUCUUGUUGUAUGCAUGCCUUUGUUCAAUCUCCCGAAUCACCGAUAAUCGACAUCAUUGGUGGGACGUUUUGGCCGGAGCCAAAAUUGGCAUCAUCUUCGCUUCGCUAGUGUGUGUUUUCCUGUGCAAAAACUUCCAAACGAAGAAAGUACCAAGUGUUGAGCCAAUGCUACAAAAUGGUAACACAAUUGAUCAUCGACACACCAGUGUGCGUCGUCUUCUAUCCGAACGAACCAAAGAUGAAUUAAAUUUAAAUCAUGUGGUCGUUCCAUAGAGCAACAAGUCAAUCGAUCAUAUUCAUAUGCGGUAUUUUUAGUUCGAUUGCCACGAUUUAGCACAUAAACUAAUUUUUUUUUCAUCGAAGCCUAGCAAAUUGAAGAGCGCAAAUUCAUUUUCAGUCAGACGUCAAGUGAGAACAAUACAAUUAAUAUGAAAAAAAAACAUUCAAUUUAUUUAACGAAUUGAAAAUGAGAAAAAGAAGGAAAAAAAAGAGAAUUACACACAGAUUUGACUAAUAAUGAGAUUUUACCUAAGCCACAGUAUGAACGUAGUCAUAAGGUUUUAGAGAGUGAUGAACAUUUUUGAUAUGCUUUAUUCAGUUGUAUGUUUUUUUUUUUGGUCAACAGAGAAAGAAACAAUAACCAUACAAAAUGUAUUACAGCGAACCAAUAUCGAGGCAUGUUUCAACUGUUUUUUCUAAAUAUUUAUUUAACAAUUAAAAAAAUAAGAACACCUACAGUAAAUAAAAUCAUUGGAAAGAACGCUUUUUUUUACUUCAUUUUUUUCUAUUGUUUCAACAAUUGUAACCAAUUUUUUUGUUUCGGACGUUUCAUUACUUUGCUUUUCAUUUUGAAUUCGAUGAACGACUAAAAUCAAGCAAUAUCGAUUACUCCACAGUUUAAAUUCACUACAGCACAUCGACACACAUGUUUCAGACGAACAAGAAAAUCCAUUAGAAUAUUUGAAACCAGUGAACAUAAAAAUAACACAAUAAAUUCAAUUAGAAACGAUAUAGUUAAUGCUGUUUUAGCAAAUUGUAAUUGUAGACGAGCAUAUUAGGUAUACAUCUAGUUAAGCUAACCAUUAAACACAACAUUUUGAUAUUUUAAUCGCAACACAGAAAAAAAAACAGAAAUUAUUUGGUUUGCCAUAAUCAUACACAAACCACACAGUUUGUUUCUUCUUUUUUUGUUUGCUUAAUUAUGAUCAAUAAUAGAAAUUAUUUUAUUUAUGUGAUAACAUUAACGAUUAUUUAUAAUAAAAAAAAAUUACAUUAAUAUA